AUGAAUUUAAAUAAAUCGACUGUUCAGUCUAAACACCUGAAUACAGAAUUUAACGAGAAUUCAACUGCUAGCGUUAACAUCCCAAAACCAGAUUUAACUGUUUCGCCGACAUAUGUAAAACUUCCGCGGCUCACUAUUGAAACCUUUGACGGUGAUAUUUGUAAGUGGCCAGAAUUUUGGUCAAGGUUUAAAACUGCCGUUCAUGAAAAUUACAACCUAUCGAAUGUCGAGAAAUUUUCCUAUUUAAAGUCAUAUUUAUGUAAAGAUGCGGAAUUGGCCAUUUCUGGUUUAUCAAUAACGGAAGAAAAUUAUUCUAAAUCUAUUUCAAUAUUGGAAUCGCGUUUCGGAAAGAAAGAAUUGAUUAUCGACAGGCACAUGGCGAAUUUACUUAGUUUAGAAAGUUGUAGAAACUCUAGAAAUGUUCUUGCUUUAAGAAGAUUGUAUGAUAAAUGUCAAGUUGAAAUUAACGCAUUAAAAAGUCUAGGAAUUGAGCCAGAUAGCUACGGAACAUUAUUAUUUCCCAUUUUAAUUCGAAGUACUCCAGGCGAUUUGGCCUUGGACUUUAACAAAAACCAUGAGGCCCAAGAGAAUAAAAUUACCGACCUAAUUAAUUUUCUAAAGAGAGAAGUGGAAUCUCGCGAACGCAUGAUACUCAUAACUCAGCCAAAUGAAACCAAAACUUUUCCCGAAUCUUCACGGCCAUGUGGUAAUUCUUUCCCCCCGCGCGGAAAUGAAGUCGUAAACAACAGGAGAUCUUCGGAGAGUGGGGCAAGAAAUAAAGCUCAAAUCGAAAGAAUAAAAAAUCCUACUGCUAGUGAAUUAUGUGCAUACGAUAACAACUCAAAAUCUAAAUUAUGCCUUUUUUGCCGGGAAGCAUCGCAUUCUAGCAUUAAUUGUGGUUUUGCAAAAAGCUUGCCUCUUGAAAAAAGGAAAUCAAUGCUGAUUAAAAAGGGCUCUUGUUUUCGGUGUUUGGGCAUCGGGCAUUUGAGUGCUUCAUGUAAGGCGAAAGUUAAAUGUAAUAUUUGUGGGAAAAGACAUCUUGACAUUAUGUGUUGGGAUGAAAAUAAACGCUCCGACAUUAAUGAAGAUAAACCAAACAAACGUUCUGAAAUAAAUGAGAACACAACACUUGCGAAUAACGAAUGCUCUAGGGAAGUUUAUCUUCAAACUUUAGUUGUGUACAUUAAAGAAAAUAAUUUAAAACAUUUUUUAAGACUAAUUAUCGAUUUAGGAUCCCAAAGGUCUUACAUUUCAAAAUUUGCUGCAAGAAAAAUGAAAUUAACUGGAUUAGGAGAGGAAUACGUGAGUCAUGGGUUAUUUGGGGGAAUUACGCAUGCGGAAACGCAUCAACGAUACUUCAUUAAUCUGUCAAAUAUUGAAGAAAACUAUAACUUUGAAUUAGAAGUUUUAGAUCAAAAGAAAAUUUGUGCUUCUCUGCCUAAAAUGACUGAUCCUCAUUAUUUAAAACGAUUGAAGGAUAUGAAUAUUCAACUUAGUGAUGCAGCGAUAAAUGAGGAUUCCUGCUUGCAUGAAAAGAAUCCUAACGAAAUUAAUUUGCUUAUUGGUGCUGAUUACGCUGGUAAAUUGUUAACAGGAAAUAUAAAACAUAUUUCAGGAAGCUUGGUUGCGGUAGAAACUCGACUAGGGUGGACUAUCAUGGGUAAAUCUGAUAUAGAAACCACAGAAACAAAUAGUUCAAUGUUAGUAUUGUCACUACAUGUAAACAAUGCGAAGAUUACAGAUCUCUGGAAUUUAGACACCUUGGGAAUUAAGGAUGAUUGUACGAAACGUACUCAAAUAGAAACCCAAGAACUUGCAUUAGAACAUUUCAGAAAAACAGUUAGUAGGGACAGUACAGGAAGAUACAAGGUUAAUUUACCCUGGUUAGAUCAACACCCUCCUUUACUUGACAACAAAGAGUUAGCUCGGAAAAGACUCAAGCAUACAGUAAGGUCCCUAAAAUCGAAGAAUCGAUUAACAGAGUAUCAAGAGGUUUUUUACCAGUGGGAAAAAGAAGGCAUCAUUGAGGAAGUUGACCAAAAGAAAGCUGGUCCUGUGGGUCUGGGGACACAUUAUCUGCCUCAUAGAGCAGUGUUUAAAGAUAAUUCCACCACUAAAGUGCGUCCUGUAUUCGAUGGAUCCGCUAAGACAAGAAAUUCCGUAUCAAUAAACGAAUGUGUUGAGAAAGGUCCCAACCUUAUUGAGCUGAUCCCCGCUAUUCUAAACCGAUUUAGGUGGGGAAAAAUCGGAGUUAUUUCGGAUAUCAAGCAGGCUUUUUUACAAAUAGCCUUAAAUGAUUCCGACAGAGACGUUCUACGAUUCCUAUGGUGGAAGGAAGGAGAUCCCCAAAAAGAAGUCACCUAUAGGCAUUGCCGAGUCGUGUUCGGCAUUUCAAGCUCCUCAUUUUUACUCUUAGCAGUUUUGAAUCAUGUUUUAGAUCAAGUAGAAGAGCCAUUUAAGACUGUUGCAAUGAAACUGAAAAAUUCAUUGUACGUUGAUAAUUGUGUUGCAAGCGUGGACUCGGUUGCUGAAUUGGAACAUUUUAGAACAGAAACUCAGAAAAUUCUAAAACCAGCUAAAUUUGAUUUACGUGGAUGGAAAAAUACUUUUCUACCUGAAAUAGAAGAACCGGUCAGUGAUAGUUCUAUUGCCGACGAAGAAAAGGAAGUACCAGUGUUAGGUUUAGCAUGGGAUAGAGAAAACGAUAACUUAUCCUGCCAACUGAUCCAAACAGGGAACGAAGAUGAACAAAUUACAAAGAGGAAAAUUCUGUCUGUAGCUCACCAAAUAUUCGAUCCAAUAGGAUUCACUUGCCCAGUAACAUUAAUGCCAAAAUUGCUCCUUCAAGAAUGCUGGAAAUUAGGAAUCUCUUGGGAUUCAAAAUUACCAGAAGAAAUAAUUCAAAAAUUUGAAAAAUGGAAAAAGGGAUUAUCCGAACUGAAAUAUUUGAAAAUUCCACGUAGACUAUCUCAUUUAGAUCUAAAUGAAUCGAAAAUGACUCUCCACACUUUCUGUGACGCGUCAAAAUUGGCAUAUGCUGCGUGUGUAUUUUUAAGAGUAGAAAACGAUUGUGAAGUCACUUGCCAAUUAAUUCAAGCUCGAUCUAGAGUUGCUCCAUUGAAAAGGAUAUCCAUUCCAAGGAUGGAAUUACUAGCAUGCAAUAUUGGAGCUAGAUUGGCAAAUUCAGUGAAGACAGAUUUGAGUUUGGAAGGAAUUGAAUCAUUUUUCUGA